AAAUUAUUUCAAGGCAAAUAUUAAGAAGACACAAAAGAGGAAGACUGAGUACAAUGAUGCACAUUCAUAUUUACAUAGGAUAUCAUCUACUAAGUUGAUCAUACAUUUACUAUUACUAUUGUAGUUUUCCUAGUUGACAGGUGGAAGACACUUGGGGGACUGAGCUAAAAGAUACCUUACAGUAUAUUUAGAGUCCUGAUAUUCAGUCUAACAAACAGCUGUCAGGGGAGAGUCUAUAUUGAAACUGUAAAUUAGGAGGUUGCUGAUAGAGACUAGGCUUUUCUAGGAGUCAGACAGUAGCUGGACUCUGAAGAUGGCUGAUAGAGACUGGGCUUUUCUAGGAGUCAAACAGUAGCUGGACUCUGAAGAUGGCUGAUAGAGACUGGGCUUUUCUAGGAGUCAGACAGUAGCUGGACUCUGAAGAUGGCUGAUAGAGACUGGGCUUUUCUAGGAGUCAGACAGUAGCUGGACUCUGAAAAUGGCUGAUAGAGACUGGGCUUUUCUAGGAGUCAGACAGUAGCUGGACUCUGAAGAUGGCUGAUAGAGACUGGGCUUUUCUAGGAGUCAGACAGUAGCUGGACUCUGAAGAUGGCUGACCGUAGCUGGACAGGACUAAACUUGGAAGGCAGGCAGUGACUGGGCUCUGAAGGUGGCUGACAGAGACUGGACUUAACCUUUUCUAGGAGGCAGACAGUAGCUGGGCUCUGAAGUUGGCUGACAGAACGGGCUUGACCUGUCUAAGAGGCAGACAGCUACUAACGAGACUGUCUUGUGUUGUAGCAACUAAAAUGUCCCUUAGUGGUAGAGCGUGCUCACUCCCUGGAUGUUGUGUGCUCACUCCCUGGAUGUUGUGUGCUCACUCCCUGGAUGUUGUGUGCUCACUCCCUGGAUGUUGUGUGCUCACUCCCUGGAUGUUGUGUGCUCACUCCCUGGAUGUUGUGUGCUCACUCCCUGGAUGUUGUGUGCUCAAGGUUGUAUUUGUUCUCAGCAGUUUUUUAAAAUUAGUAUAUAUUUUUCUCCCCAAUUUUGUGUUAUCCAAUUGCGAUACAAUUACGAUCUUGUCUCAUCGCUGCAACUCCCCAAACGGGGCUCAGGAGAGGCAACAGUCGAGUCAUGUGUCCUCUGAAACAUGACCCGCAUAACCGCGCUUUUUUAACACCCGCCCACUUAACCCGGAAGCCAGCUGAACCAAUGUGUCAGAGGAAACACUGUUCAAUUGACGACCAUAGUCAGCAUGCAGGUACCCGGCCCGCCACAAGGAGUCACUAGAGCGUGAUGAGCCAAGUAAAUGCCGCUACCUCGGCUGGGUCUGAGGUGCAGGAAGUGUAGAUGAAUUGGGUGGUUGGAGCAAAUGUCUUAUCUGCCUGGGCGUGGCGUAUGUGGUGGCUGCCCACAUCCAACCCGGCUCCGGAGCGAUCUGUCGCCAGUUACUGGAGGCUACUUGAAGAGAGCGGUUCGGUGGGUACCCCCCGCUGCUUCUGUCUGCCUCGGUCAAGCACUGCUUGCCUCUCUUCCCAGACUUGUUGAUGAAGGUCCGGUCCCACUGCUGUGAUCCGGUCCUACAUGGAUUUACGAGACCGGGCUAGCUAAACGAGCGCUGCAUAGCGUGUAGCCAGUUUGGCUAACUCGUAGAGAAUCGCAUGCUCCAUCCAUGACAGUGUGGGGGUCCAGAUUGAAGCGCUGCAUGGGGCCUAUUGUCUACACGGCUCCACCAGAUGGUGGCUGGGGCUGGGUGGUGGCGGUCUCCUUCUUCCUGGUGGAAGUGUUCACCUACGGAGUCAUCAAGAGCCUGGGCAUCUUCCUCCAGGACCUGAUGGGGGAGUUUGGGGAGAGCAACAGCCGAGUCUCUUGGAUCAUCUCCAUCUGUGUCUUCGUCAUGGCCUUCACUGCUCCUCUCGCUUCUGUGAUGACCAACCGGUUUGGCUUCCAGACAGUUGUUAUGAUUGGUGGACUCCUCGUAUCCAUAGGAACCAUCGCCAGUGGCUUCACCAAAUCCAUCAACGAGAUGUACAUCACCAUCGGACUCGUUGCAGGUCUGGGGUACUGUCUGACCUUCCUGCCCACCAUUACUCUCCUGUCCCAGUACUUCUCCCACCGACGCUCCCUGGUCACAGCUGUCGCCUCCACAGGAGAGUCCUUCUCUGUGUUCGCGCUCGCCCCAGCCUUCUCUGCUCUGAGGGACUGUAUCGGCUGGCGUUACACCCUGGUGGUGAUCGGAGCUCUACAGGGCAUCAUCAUCAUCUGUGGAGUUCUGCUAAGACCCAUCAUCAUCAGACCUGGACCAGCCACGGAGACAGAAACUGAUGGACUGGCUGACAAAGAGCUGAAGGCUCUGAACACAGAGGAGGAGUACUACAGUAAGGAGAGGUUGUACAUUAAGGGCAGUUCAUAUGCUAAGGAUGGGUCUUACACACUGCAGAGUGAUAGCAAGCUGGCUCAUCAUUACUCCCUGAGCUCUGGAGAGUCUGUAAACUCUGCAGUUCAGUCCCCCCAUCACCAGGUCCUGGAGGACGGCAGUAAGGCAGGGGAGGAGAUAGAGGAGGAGGCGUCUUCACAGAGGUGCUUAGGAAGCAAGAAGAAGGAGAUGGAGAAGGACGAGGAGAAGGAGGAGAAGCAGACACAAACACUAUCCCCCCAGAAACUCCUUGACUUCUCCAUGUUAAGAGAAGGCAGCUUCAUCUGCUACGCUCUCUUCGGCCUUUUUGCCACAUUGGGUUUCUUCGCCCCUCAGCUCUACAUCAUCGAGCUGAGUGUGAACCGUGGCGUGAUGCGUCACCGCGCCGCCCACAUGCUCUCCGCCAUGGCCUUUGCCGAGAUCUUCGGCCGCCUCUCCAUUGGUUGGGUGCUAGGCAGGAAGCUGUUCAGAGGCAGGAAGCCCCUGGUGCUGCUGGGAUGUGUAGUUCUGCUGUGCCUGGUGCUGGUGGCCUUUACCCUGGUGUGGGAGUUCUGGGGCCUGGCCGUGUGUUGUGGGUUCUAUGGGUUUUUUAUAGGCACCGUGUCGUCGACACAUAUACCCAUGCUGGCAGAGGAGGAUGUGGUGGGCAUAGAAAGGAUGUCGUCAGCUGUGGGGGUCUAUGUGUUUAUACAAAGCUUCGCUGGGCUGGCGGGACCACCUCUGGGAGGUGUUCUUGUGGACCUGACUCAGAACUACGGCUCAGCGUUCUACUCCUGUGCGGUGGGUAUGAGUCUAGGGGCUGUGUUCCUGGGUCUGGUACGACCAGCCAAGAGAGGCCUGCUCUGCUGCAGCACAACCAGGCCUCAGAGCAUUUCGUAUUAUUCUAAUAAUAUGAAGUGCUCUGAGACCAGGUUGUACAGCAGGAGGGGGCAUCAGAACCUCCCAGAACCCAUGCAGGUGGGGCCGGGGAACCCUGUACCUCAGCGAGAGGGGAAGGAGGCCCAGGACAGAGACAGUCCUCAGGACUUCCUAGAAGUUAACCUUGAUAUGGACCAGAAAACGUUACUGAAAAAGGCCAACAGAUGACAAUCUCUACAUGAAAAGACAUCACAAAGAUCUGGUUUUGGGUGUCUGGAGAGUGGCUCACACUGAACAAAGGAAAUCCCAAUCACGGCCGGUUAUGAUACAGCCUGAAAUCGAACCAGGGUGUCUGUAGCGACGCUGAAAUGCAGUGCCUUAGACCGCUACGCCACACGGGAGCCCAUGAACAUGAACACACUGUUUUGGCUCAUGGUAUUGUAAGAGAGGAUACAAACAAUAUGUAGAUACAUGAAGUCAGCUGGGAAAAAACAAUAACACCAUGACAUCAUGUUGUAUUCAAUUACUUUUUCAACUUCACUUUACAUUUUUUAGACAAAGCAAUCACUUGGUACUAAUAAAAAAUAAAUAUCACAAUAA